GUCACAGGCGUGGACGAGGACGGGGACGCGGGCGCGCUCCUGAUGGCGCUAGACCUGAAGAUAGACCUGCUAGUACCAGUAGAGGAAGAGGUGGUGCAAGACGUGGUGGAUAUCGCGGAAAACAAGAUGGGCAACAGCCUCGGAGUCGCCCAACACAUU